AUGGACCGUGAUACGCUACGCAUCAAGUUCAAGCUGCUGCUUCUCAAAGAAUUUGGUGACGACUUCGAACCCCGGCCGUUUCAGAUCAAUGCAGUUGCUGGUCUCCUCGAUGCACGAAUACGUUCGACGCAGUCUUCGUCACCGCACCAACAGGGUCCGGCAAAAGCACGCUUUUGGAAGCAAUGAAUAUCGUGUUCGGUAAGCGAACAAUUGCAAUCAUCAUCUAUCCCUUAUAUCCAUUGAUUGAGCAUCAGGUAAGCAAGACUCCUCGCCAAUGUGUCGGGCGUCUACUGACGGUCACGCUCUGAGCAGUCAACAGACCGCGAAGCUAUGCAUGAGGGGCAAGAAGGCCCUUUUUGUGUCCAAAAAAACGUGGGAAGACGGCACAUUAUACGAGCAAUUGAAAGAUUCCCUUUGCAAAGUCGAGUACAUCUUCAUUGAAAGCUUCAAGACCUUGUGACCUUGCCUUUUCUGCUUCAAGUUAGCUGACCAUGGUCUAUUGUACGGCAUUGUUGAUUUCGCAAGUCUCCAAAAAUGCAUGCGCGCAACGUUCGUUGGAGUGAAUUGAUUUUCACUUCCUCAUUCCGAGAGCGGAUCAAAUUACUGGUUUACGACGAGGCACUCAAGAUAGCCGAGUGGGGACUCACUAGACGAAAAGUCCGAGUCGGCGCUAUGGCGCAUACCACCGAGGGAUCCAACGCACUUCGCGCCGAGUAUGCUCAAAUUGUUCAAUAACGUCUCCGAAUUGGUUGUCAAACUUUGUUCCUCACUGCGAAUGCGCCACCCGAUAAAAUCGACGAAUUCUAGGGGUGGGCAACAUCUCCAAAUCGCGAUUUUUUUUGCCAAAGCCGACCUGUUUCGCCCUAAUCUACGCAACAUCGUCGUCGAAAUGACACCUCAAACCAAAACUGCAAUGACAGAUGUUCUCAAAAUCUUCAGCGUCCGAUCCGACCCAAGUACCAUCGUGUAG